ACUUUCUUUAUUCCUCCUCCUCCACCUCCUCCUCUCCUUCCUAUUUAUCUCUCACCACCUCCGCUCCAAAUCAAGUUCACUAGCUAGAUCUGGUGCAAAAAUUUAGGCACCGAGCUCUGAAUCAUCUGCAACUUCUUAGUUUGGGUCAAAUUUGGCUACUCUGUAAUGGGAAACCAUAGGUUUCGACUUUCGGACAUUAUGCCGAACACUUGGUUCUACAAGCUCAGGGGCAUGAGCCGCAGAGCGAGGAAAAGCGACGGAAGUCAGCCGUCGAAGGCGGCGGCAGCGGCGGCGGCCUCGCCGAAGACCGUUCGGUCACCGGCGAGCAAAGUGCUUCCUAAAAGAGCCUCUUGCUACUUCUCUUGCAGAACAGAGGCGGAGAGGUUCUCCUUCUCCCCCACCCACUCCAAGGCCUUGGACACGCAAUUCCCUUGCGAGCCUCAUCGGAAUUCCAAGAAGCGGAGCAGGAAGAAGCACCUCCGAACUCCGCCUGUGAAACCCAUGCUGGUGGCCUCCUCUGUUUCCGCCGGCUGCCGCUCGAGAGCGUUGAAGUCGGAAGAAUUGCUGACUCCGGUGCCGUCGCCGUCGGAGACGCUGACGGUUCGACGUGACCUCUACGUGAACGGGGAGGAACUCGAGUUCGAUUUCGAGUCCGACGACGUGGAAUCACGGUUGCAUUCUGCAAGUUGCUGGUUUAUAUCCUCUGCCACUGACAUGGACUCGAGCAAGAACUCGAAGCUGGAUGAGUUUGAGCUCGAGUCCGUCUCCGAGCUCAAACUCCCGCCGAUUUUAACGAAGCCCUCGCGCGAAGAAGCCAAGUACGACGACAAAAGCAUGGAAAGCAACUCAAGGACUGAUCAAAAUUCAAUCUUGGUUAAGGAGCAGAGCAAGAGCAAGAGCCAGAUCACGAACCAGAGCCAGAAACUAGCGAGGGUCUCUCCCGCCAGCCUCCGCCGCCUCCGAAUGCGAGCCAACUCCCCGCGGCUAUCGAGCAAGAAGGCAAGCAACAGGCGGACGGCGACCACGAUGCAGCAGAAGAAGGGCUUGCCGUUUCCGUCGAGCUACUUGGUGGUGAAGUCGUCGUCGGAUCCGCAGAGGGACUUCCGGGACUCGAUGAUGGAGAUGAUCGUGGAGAACAACAUCCGCGCGUCCAAGGACCUGGAGGAGCUGCUCGCUUGCUACCUCUCCCUCAAUUCCGACGAGUACCACGAUACCAUCGUCGACGUGUUCCAGCGGAUUUGGUUCGAUCUCACUAACAUCAAACUUCCGGAGAACCUUGAGACUGAGAAAUAUAAAUGUCUAGAAAAAGGACAAGUGAAAAGAAGUGUUGACAAAUCUACCUGCUGCGAUGAAUAAUAGACUUGUGCAUUGAUCGAAGCGAUUGAUGGUGGGAUGUAGCGCCCCUAUUGAUCGCGUGUGAGCUCCAAAGUAAAUGGAUCUGUAAGUACAGUAAUAUUAAUGUCGAGUCAGGAAGGAGUUCUCUUGUAUUGAUAUUAUGACGUUCA